AUGAACAAUCCAGCGCCGAUGGUGGGCUACUCCGGGCUGGCGGGACAGCCCGGGACGGUGCAACACCAUUUGCCGUCUGUUUUGGGCACUCCUGGAACACUUCAACAACAAUUGCAUAUGCAACAGCAACAGCAACAACCACAUUCGCAAAUGGGAUUGAACGGGACGCUUACACAGGGCCAUUCAAUGGGUCCCAACCAGCAGGGGAUUCCCCCGGGCCUGCUGGGUGGCCAGCCCGGCCAUCAGCCGGGCGGUUUGCCGGUUUCUGGAGCGGUUUCUGGAGCGGUUUCCAAUGCAGGAAAUCCGCUUUAUCAUCCACACCAAGGUGACCCAACAAUGUUAAACAAUCCAAUUUGGAAACUGCAAUUGCAGCUAGCCGCCGUAUCGCGCCAAUCGAUGGGCCAGGCUAAUGUAUAUGCACGUCAAAGUGCCAUGCGAAAGUACUUAUUGAGCAAGACCCAGGGAACCACUGGGGCUCCAGCUUCAGUUUCAGUGGCGGCUUCGGCUGCAGCCGAAGCUAUUGGAAGGUCUACUUCCCCUGCUAGUGCUGCAAACACUGGAACUUUGAACGAAAUGUCAGCAUCAUUGGUGGAUAACACCAAACAGCUACUUUUGGAACUGGCAACAGAGCCCACAGUGGUGAAAAACCCGGCGAUUCCUUCUUCAAGCGCUGUCUCAACACCCAUUACACCCAGUGCCGAACUGAACGGACCAGGUGGUCACAACCCUUCGACCCCUUCGCUGCUUCAACAGCACAAGAAAUUGUCACAGUACAACAUCGACGAAGAUGACGAAAUCGAGCACCGCAUGGCUGCUCCUACCAACACGAAGCACGAUGAGCAACUGUGGCACGCACUAGACCUAUCGAAUUUGCAAUUAUUCAAUCUCAGUGCGUCAUUGUUCAAAUACGAGUUUUUGACUCGAUUAUAUUUGAAUGGUAACAAUUUGACAUCUUUACCCAAAUCUGUGAAACAGUUGAAGAAUUUGAGAGUGUUAGACUUGUCGCACAAUAAGCUUACCGAACUUCCUUCAGAAUUGGGACUCUGUCACGAGCUCAAGUACCUGUAUUUUUUUGAUAACAUGGUUUCCACACUUCCUUGGGAAUUUGGUAACCUUUACAAUUUACAAUUUCUAGGAUUAGAGGGGAACCCGAUGGAUCGACAGAUGAUCAAAAUACUGACGGAAAAAUCCGUAACGGGCUUGAUCUUCUACUUGAGAGACAAUGCACCCGAAAUUCCGUUGACUAUUGACAGAAAAUUCAUCGACGUGAAUGUGGACGGCGAACCUGUUGAAGAAUAUGCAACUUUGCAAGAGUCUGAGUCACAUCUCAACCGUGAGACACACAAGAGAUCUUUCACGCUUCUAUCCUACAACACAUUGUGUCAGCACUACGCAACACCUAAGAUGUACAGGUUUACACCAUCAUGGGCACUCAGCUGGGAUUAUAGACGCGAAAAACUGAAAGAACAAAUUUUGGGUUAUGACACAGACUUGAUUUGCAUGCAAGAAGUUGAAGCCAGGACGUAUGAUGAAUUUUGGGUUCCACUACUACGGGAACACGGUUAUACUGGUAUUUUCCACUCUAAGACAAGAGCAAGAACCAUGCAUGCCAAAGACUCUAAAAAAGUAGAUGGAUGCUGUCUUUUUUACAGGGACGCAGAGUUCAAGCUUGUUUUCAAAGAGUCGAUCGAUUUCAGUAGCAUAUGGAUGAAACACAAGAAGUUCCAACGCACCGAAGAUUACCUAAAUCGUGCCAUGAAUAAGGACAACGUUGCCCUGGUGGCUCAAUUACAACACAUUAAGAGUGGCGAACAUGUGUGGGCCGUCACGACACACUUGCAUUGGGACCCACAAUUCAACGACGUCAAGACUUUCCAGGUAGGUGUACUACUUGACUAUCUGGAGAAGACUAUUAAGGAACACCACAGCUGCAGUAGUGCCCAAGAGGUCAAAAAAAUCCCUGUGGUCGUAUGCGGUGAUUUCAACUCUUCACUUGAUUCUGCAGUUUACGAGCUACUAAGCACGGGCUCCGUCCGUGAGCAUACAGAUAUCCAUGGUCGCGAUUUCGGUUACAUGUCCCAGAAAAAUUUUGCUCACAACUUGCCUCUGAAAUCCAGUUACGACGUUAUUGGAGAGCUACCUUUCACCAAUCUCACACCUCUGUUCACCAAUGUCAUCGACUACAUAUGGUUUUCUCCGCAGGGACUACGCGUACGCGGAGUGCUGGGAGAGAUUGACCCCGACUACGUGGCCAGAUUCAUUGGUUUUCCCAACGACAAAUUUCCCAGCGACCAUAUCCCGCUGCUGACUCGCUUCGAAUUCACAAGAGGUGUUGGUGGCAGCAGGAAGGCGUGA